GUCCCCUCCACCAAUGAGCGGCGCCGUGGGCGGGCCGCGGGCGCGCACACUCUGGGCCCGCAGUUGAAGUGGCGAGAGCGCUCAGAUACGCGACGCGUAGCAGGCGGGGACCGAACGGGUGCCUCAGUGUCCUUCCCCUCCCCUCGCCUGGCCUCGCCGUCCUCUCCCCGCAGCCGGACCGGAACUAUGUGAUCCCGGAAGUUCCGGGGCCUUUGCUGUGUGGGAUAAACAGUAAUGGCGGAGGCUGCAGCUCCCGGAACAACAGCCACAACAUCAGGAGCAGGAGCGGCAGCGGCGACGGCGGCAGCAGCCUCCCCCACCCCGAUCCCCACAGUCACCGCCCCGUCCCUGGGGGCGGGCGGAGGGGGCGGCGGCAGCGACGGCAGCGGCGGCGGCUGGACUAAACAGGUCACCUGCAGGUAUUUUAUGCAUGGGGUUUGUAAGGAAGGAGACAACUGUCGCUACUCGCAUGACCUCUCUGACAGUCCAUAUAGUGUAGUGUGCAAGUAUUUUCAGCGAGGGUACUGUAUUUAUGGAGACCGCUGCAGAUAUGAACAUAGCAAGCCAUUGAAACAGGAAGAAGCAACUGCUACAGAGCUAACUACAAAGUCAUCCCUUGCUGCUUCCUCAAGUCUCUCAUCGAUAGUUGGACCACUUGUUGAAAUGAAUACAGGCGAAGCUGAGUCAAGAAAUUCAAACUUUGCAACUGUAGGAGCAGGUUCAGAGGACUGGGUGAAUGCUAUUGAGUUUGUUCCUGGGCAACCCUACUGUGGCCGUACUGCGCCUUCCUGCACUGAAGCACCCCUGCAGGGCUCAGUGACCAAGGAAGAAUCAGAGAAAGAGCAAACCGCCGUGGAGACAAAGAAGCAGCUGUGCCCCUAUGCUGCAGUGGGAGAGUGCCGAUACGGGGAGAACUGUGUGUAUCUCCACGGAGAUUCUUGUGACAUGUGUGGGCUGCAGGUCCUGCAUCCAAUGGAUGCUGCCCAGAGAUCGCAGCAUAUCAAAUCGUGCAUUGAGGCCCAUGAGAAGGACAUGGAGCUCUCAUUUGCCGUGCAGCGCAGCAAGGACAUGGUGUGUGGGAUCUGCAUGGAGGUGGUCUAUGAGAAAGCCAACCCCAGUGAGCGCCGCUUCGGGAUCCUCUCCAACUGCAACCACACCUACUGUCUCAAGUGCAUUCGCAAGUGGAGGAGUGCUAAGCAAUUUGAGAGCAAGAUCAUAAAGUCCUGCCCAGAAUGCCGGAUCACAUCUAACUUUGUCAUUCCAAGUGAGUACUGGGUGGAGGAGAAAGAAGAGAAGCAGAAACUCAUUCUGAAAUACAAGGAGGCAAUGAGCAACAAGGCGUGCAGGUAUUUUGAUGAAGGACGUGGGAGCUGCCCAUUUGGAGGGAACUGUUUUUACAAGCAUGCGUACCCUGAUGGCCGUAGAGAGGAGCCACAGAGACAGAAAGUGGGAACAUCAAGCAGAUACCGGGCCCAACGAAGGAACCACUUCUGGGAACUCAUUGAGGAAAGAGAGAACAGCAACCCCUUUGACAACGACGAAGAAGAGGUUGUCACCUUUGAGCUGGGCGAGAUGUUGCUUAUGCUUUUGGCUACAGGUGGGGACGACGAACUAACAGACUCUGAAGAUGAGUGGGACUUGUUUCAUGAUGAGCUGGAAGAUUUUUAUGACUUGGAUCUAUAGCAACCUUGCGUGGCGUGUGAACUGGUCUGCUGACCUCAGACAGCAGCUGUCCCCUGUGGUGGUGUGGCAGUGCCUGUGUUCUCUCCUAGGCAGGCCUCUCAACUCCAGGUGCUGUCCUAAGAAUUUUUACCCAGGGCCUGUCUUCUCAACCCCUCACCUUUCCCUGAGGAGUGUGUUGUUUUCCCUGUUGAAAAAAGUUACAAAAAUAAAUCUUAAAGUUAGUUUUUUGUAACACGAA